UUGCACAAAAGAAGCGCCGAUUUCUGGAGCGAAGCAGUGGUAUUUUGUGCAGCUCGGUAAUAAUUCCAUUUUUCUGUUACAAUAGCUUACUAUUUCUUUCAAAGUGCCCCAAUUUGCAAGCGUGUCUGUGGAAGAAGAGGUGACGGGAGGAAAAGAGAAACUUUUCGGCUGGCUGCAAGCUUGACGAUUUGGCGGGUGAUUGAUCUUCAAAGGAAGCAUCUGCAAAAAUGGGUGAUCGUGGCGAUGGAGCGGAAGCUUUCGAUGAUGCCGUUGAGGAGCGUGUCAUCAACGAGGAGUACAAAGUAUGGAAGAAGAACACUCCUUUCCUGUACGAUUUGGUAAUGACCCAUGCUUUGGAGUGGCCUUCGUUGACUGCGCAAUGGUUGCCGGAUGUGACCAAACCGGAAGGCAAAGAUUACUCCGUCCAUCGGUUGAUACUGGGAACGCACACAUCGGAUGAACAGAAUCACCUGCUGAUUGCCAGUGUGCAACUUCCGAAUGAGGACGCCCAGUUUGACGCGAGCCACUAUGACAAUGAGAAGGGAGAGUUUGGCGGAUUUGGAUCCGUAUCGGGUAAGAUUGAGAUUGAAAUCAAGAUCAAUCACGAGGGUGAGGUCAAUAGGGCAAGAUACAUGCCGCAGAAUCCCUGCGUUAUCGCUACCAAAACGCCAUCCAGUGAUGUCUUGGUGUUCGACUACACGAAGCAUCCGAGCAAACCGGAACCAAGUGGCGAAUGCCAUCCGGAUUUGCGUCUACGGGGUCAUCAAAAAGAAGGCUAUGGGCUAUCCUGGAAUCCUAAUCUGAACGGAUACCUUCUAUCAGCCAGUGAUGACCAUACAAUUUGCUUGUGGGAUAUCAAUGCGACUCCCAAGGAACACCGAAUUAUCGACGCUAAGAACAUUUUCACCGGUCAUACGGCGGUCGUUGAAGACGUGGCCUGGCAUUUGCUACAUGAAUCGCUGUUCGGUUCGGUAGCCGAUGAUCAGAAACUGAUGAUCUGGGAUACCCGUUGUAAUAACACCUCCAAGCCAUCGCAUACCGUCGACGCGCACACGGCUGAAGUAAACUGCCUGAGCUUCAAUCCCUAUUCAGAAUUCAUUCUGGCCACUGGAUCUGCAGACAAAACCGUUGCCCUGUGGGAUCUCCGCAACCUCAAGCUCAAACUGCAUUCGUUCGAGUCGCACAAGGAUGAAAUCUUCCAGGUCCAAUGGUCGCCACAUAACGAAACCAUUCUUGCUUCAUCCGGCACCGAUAGGCGGCUUCAUGUGUGGGAUCUGUCCAAGAUUGGCGAAGAGCAAAGCGCCGAAGACACCGAGGAUGGACCGCCGGAACUUCUUUUCAUCCACGGUGGCCACACGGCCAAGAUCUCCGAUUUCUCGUGGAACCCCAAUGAACCGUGGGUCAUCUGCUCGGUGUCCGAGGAUAACAUCAUGCAGGUUUGGCAAAUGGCUGAAAACAUCUACAAUGAUGAGGAACCGGACGUGCCGGCCAGUGAGAUUGAAUCGGGAGCCCCGUAGGGUUCGUGUUUGCGCGAGAACGUAACAUUUUAAAUUAUAAAUUCGUUUUAUCCCAACAAAGUAUCUUUAGAAUCUAGCGUCGUAAUUCCGAAUGCAGAAAUAAAAGCUGUAUCGUUUAAGGAAGAGAACCUUGUUCUGCUCUUACAAUUAGCUAUCACUAUGAUCGCGUUUCUGUUGAUAACGUUCUAUUCCAAUACAUAAAUGUGGCGUUUUGCGACAUGUGUCGUGUUAACGUAGAUCGUAGAGAUAAUCUAUUUUGUCAAAUAAAGCAUUAAUUUGUCUGAAA